AUGGGUUAUACAUUAACAAUUCUAGGGUGUGGUGUUAUGGGUCAAGCCAUCUUAUCUGCUAUUUAUAGAGCACCAAAGGCUAUUAAUUCUUCAAUUGCAUCAUUAUAUCCAAGUCAUAUCAUUGCAUGUAAUCAUGAUGAUUCCUCAGUGAAACAAGUUGAAGAUUUAGUUAAAGAGAUGGGUGAAUCUCCAAAUGGUAUUACUGUGAGUGUCACACAUUCUCGUAAUAAUGAAGCAGUUUCUCAAUCUGCUGUAGUAUUAUUAGGUACCAAACCUUAUUUAGCUGAAAAAGUUCUUGAUGGUGUUUCCACAGAAAUCAAUGAUAAACUAAUUAUAUCUAUUGUUGCAGGGUGGACCAUUUCGCAAUUACAAUCAUAUAGUAAGAGAGUAUCUCGUAUUAUGACAAAUACCCCAGCACGUUAUGGGUAUGGUUGUGCUGUAGUGUCUCAUUCAACAGAGACAUCUUCUGAGGAUAAAAUUUUGGUUAAAGAGUUGAUUGACCGUGUUGGUACAUGUAUUGAGUUACCGGAACGUAAUAUGGAUGCGGCUACAUCUUUAGUUGGAUCUGGACCAGCAUUUGUCUUGUUAAUGAUCGAAUCCAUGACUGAGGCAGGAAUCAAGAUGGGUAUUCCAUUCAAGGAGUCGUUACAAUGUGCUACUAAAGUUAUGGAAGGUACUACAAAGAUGCUAGAAUUAAGUGGACAACAUCCAAGUGUAUUAAAACAUCAAGUUUGUACACCAGGUGGUACUACAAUUGCAGGGUUAUGUGCAAUGGAAGAUCGUGGAGUGAAGAGUGGAUUAAUCCAUGGUUUCCAGGAGGCAGCCGAUGUUGCAGCUAAACUAGGGAAGAAAUAG